CAAACGUGCAAAUGUCAAAUUCUGUAUUGGCGGCUAACUAAUCUCUGUGUUAUUUCCAUACUUUGUGUUAUUUUAAAUUUUGUUUUUAAAUUAAAAAUACUAAACCCCAAGUAAAAUUAUCAUAAAUUCAAAAUGAAAGAAAAACAAUCAUCCGUCGAGGGUCAGACAAAAUUUAAAGUACCGGUUGUGACGAUAUCUCAAAUAAACGCCGAUGUUAUUUCCCUUCUUGCAACAAAAUACUGGUCAGCUGAAACCCAAGCCGACCAUCUCCCAUACGAUCCGAAUGUAAUCGAAGAGAUCUAUGCUAAAGAAAUUCAAGAUUCAAAGCAUUCAAUUCGUCGGAUUAUGAUGCUGGAGUUCAGUCAAUAUUUGGAAAACUAUCUUUGGCCAAACUAUACGGCUGGAAAGGCAAGUCAUGCACAUGUUAUGUCCAUUGUGGUAAUGGUAAAUGAAAAGUUCCGGGAACGUGUAGAGGUUUGGCCAAUAUUCGAGAAAAAAUCCGAAGAGUUUUCGGCGUUCUUCCGUCAAGCCAUAGAAUCAUGUUUGCCGCAAAGAGGCAACAAACUGAGUGCUUUUCAAAUUCGUGAACAAACUGCUCUCUUGAUCUUUAUAAAUCAUUGCUUCAACAGCAUGGAGAUCGAGUUGUGUCGUGAGCAGGCGAAACGAUUGGUUUCCUUAUCAAUGUGGACGUGUUUACAACCAAAACGUCGUGAUCAAGAACUGCGAGACAUUCCCGAAUGGAAGAAAUUUUGGAAAAAGAUUCAAAAGAAAGAGAAGACAGAAAAGAAGCCUGAAAUUGAUUGGGAACGCCGUUUCCUACAGAAUUUGAUAGUGAACUUUCUUGAGAAUUUGGAAAAAAUCCCAGCUGAGGGUCCGUUAAAUAGCGACAUCGUUCAUUAUUGUGAACGAUUUCUUGAAUUCAUCAUCGAUCUUGAAGCACUUCUGCCUACACGCAGAUUCUUCAAUACAGUCUUAGAUGAUUGCCAUUUAUUGGUCAGAUGUCAGAUUUGCAAUUUAAGCAAACGAGAAGAAGGCAAAUUGUUCGGACAGUUACUUGAGAUGUUAAAAUUCUACACCCGUUUUGAAAUCAACGAUGUCACUGGUGAUCCCUUGACCGAUCAUGAUAUGACUCAAAUUCACUACAAAAAAAUCACAUCUCUUCAACGGGCAGCAUUUGCAAAAUUUCCCGACUUGAAAAUAUUUGCUCUGUCCAAUGUCGCAUCAGUCGAUAGUCGUGAAGCUCUCGAAAAGCACUUUGGAGCUUUGAAUGCAAAUAACUUAAAAGAAAUCGCUUCAUUUCUGAACCUGGUUCCGGAAGAACUCACUGAACCUUUUGAAUGGCAUCGUUUGGAUGAGGAAUUUUUAAAAGAGCUGUUAAUAUCACGCCACGAAAGACAUUCCUCGCAAUUAGAAGCUUUGAACGAAAUGCCUCUCUAUCCAACGGAAAAUAUCAUCUGGGAUGAGAAUAUCGUUCCGACAGAGUACUAUUCUGGUGAUGGUUGCCUGGCCUUGCCGAAAUUAAAUCUGCAAUUCUUGACGUUACACGAUUAUCUUCUGAGAAACUUUAAUCUCUUUCGUCUAGAGUCAACCUAUGAAAUUCGACAGGAUAUUGAAGAUGCGGUGAGCCGAAUGUUGCCAUGGCAAUCGGAAGAUGGUGAUGUAGUGUUCGGUGGGUGGGCAAGAAUGGCUCUGCCAAUUCAUUCGUUUGCCGUAGUCGAAGUGGCAAAACCACAUAUUGGAGAGAAGAAACCGUCCCGUGUGAGAGCUGACAUCGCGGUUACAUUGAGUGUCCGUAGGGAGAUCAAAGACGAGUGGGAGAACCUUCGAAAGCACGAUGUUUGCUUUUUGAUCACUGUGAAACCAACACAGCCUUAUGGAACUAAGUAUAACUCACGAGAACCAUUUAUCCCCCAAGUCGGUCUAGUAGCAGUUCGUGGUUGUGAGAUUGAAGGAAUGCUUGAUGCAAAUGGACGAGUCAUUGAAGAUGGCCCUGAUCCUAGACCUACACUGCCAGGAGAACAGAGAACCUUCCGUGUGUGGUUAGACUCAAAUCAAUACCGUUUGGAUAUGGAUGCCCUACAAGAUGGAGCCGAUGAUGUCUACGAAAGUUUCAACAUAAUUAUGCGUCGAAAGCCAAAAGAAAACAACUUUAAAGCUGUCUUGGAGACGAUUCGACAUUUAAUGAACACAGAAUGCGUAGUUCCCCCUUGGUUGCAUGACAUAUUGUUGGGAUAUGGUGAUCCCAGCGCAGCACAUUACUCACACAUGACAAAUCAAGAGAAAUCUUUAGACUUCAACGAUACCUUCCUUGAUAUCGACCAUCUGCGUAGUAGUUUUCCCUCUUACGAAAUUGUUUGCCCUGAAGAUAAAACCGAACUCUUGAAGCCUCCAUUUCGACUUACAUUUGGCGAUGUUCCGGAGAGGAAUGAUGACAACGAAGAAGAGAACCAGAAUGAUGGUUCAGAACUUACAAAAACCAUUAUAGUAAAGCCUUAUGUUUUUGAAUGCCGUGGUCCGUACAAGGCCAAUGCUCCAAAAAAAAAUACUGUACGAUUUACUCCCACCCAAGUCGAGGCAAUUCGAGCAGGAAUGCAACCUGGCUUAACUCUUGUCGUUGGUCCUCCCGGUACUGGUAAAACAGAUGUCGCUGUGCAAAUCAUUUCAAACCUCUAUCACAACCAUCCAAAUCAGCGUACGCUUAUUGUGACUCAUUCCAAUCAGGCUUUGAAUCAACUCUUUGAGAAAAUCAUGGCCUUAGACAUAGAUGAACGACAUUUGCUGCGUCUGGGUCAUGGUGAGGAGGCUUUAGAGACCGAAAAAGAUUUCAGUCGAUACGGUAGAGUCAACUAUGUCCUAGCCAAACGUUUAGAUUUACUAAGCCAAGUUCAAAAGUUGCAAGAGUCAAUCAAUGUUCCUGGCGACAAUGCAUACACUUGUGAAACAGCUGGCUAUUUCUAUCUCUACAAUGUCAUGGCUCGCUGGGAGAAGUUCCUUAACAUAGCAACCGAGGCAAGCGUAAAAGACGAAGCCACAUGGAAGGCUGUUUUCGAGCAACAAUUUCCAUUUUCAAAAUUUUUCGAUGACACCCCACAGCCUUUGUUCAAGGGUGAAACCUUCAAGGAGUACCUAUCCAUCGCCGAAAGUUGUUUUAGAUAUAUCUCGAGAAUAUUUACCGAACUGGAAGAAUUCCGAGCAUUCGAAUUGCUGCGGAGCGGUUUGGAUAGGUCUAAAUACUUACUAGUAAAAGAAGCCAAAAUUAUAGCCAUGACUUGUACGCACGCCGCAUUGAAGCGCAAAGAAUUGGUUAAUCUUGGUUUUAAAUAUGACAACAUCCUAAUGGAAGAAUCGGCCCAAAUUUUAGAAAUUGAAACAUUCAUUCCAUUGUUGUUGCAAAAUCCCAUGGACGGUUUUAAUCGUUUGAAACGUUGGAUUAUGAUUGGCGAUCAUCAUCAGUUGCCUCCGGUUAUUAAAAAUAUGGCCUUCCAGAAAUACUCCAAUAUGGAACAGAGUUUGUUCACCCGUCUUGUGCGCCUGGGUGUGCCUACUGUCGAUCUUGAUGGUCAGGGUCGUGCUAGAUCGGGUAUUUGUUCGUUGUACAAGUGGCGCUAUAAAAAAUUGGAUGAUCUUGAGCACAUUUUUGUGAGAGACGAAUAUAAGAAGGCAAAUGCGGGCUUCGUUCAUGACUAUCAGCUGAUAAACGUUGAAGAUUUCAAUGGAGUCGGCGAAUCUGAACCAAAUCCAUUUUUCUAUCAGAAUCUUGCGGAAGCUGAAUAUAUUGUGGCGGUUUUUAUGUAUAUGCGACUCCUAGGCUAUCCAGCUGAUAAAAUAUCAAUUCUAACAACUUACAAUGGCCAGAAGCAUCUUAUUCGUGAUGUUAUUAAUUUGCGAUGUGGCAAAAACCCACUUAUUGGAUGGCCACAUAAAAUAACCACCGUUGACAAGUAUCAAGGUCAACAAAAUGAUUACAUAUUAAUAUCGUUAGUUCGAACAAAAGCGGUGGGUCAUUUGCGAGAUGUUCGUCGUUUAGUUGUAGCUAUGAGUCGUGCUCGCCUGGGUCUUUACAUAUUCGGAAGAGUUUCGUUGUUUAAGAACUGCUUUGAAUUGCGUCCAACUUUUGAAUUGCUCACUAAAAACCCUCAAAGCUUGCAAAUACUCCCUGAUGAAAGCUUUCCAGCAAAACGUUUGAGCGGAGAUGUAAUCAAUGAGUCUCAGCUCAAAAACAUCAAUUCAAUGUCUGAAAUGGCCGAAUAUGUCUACAAUCUAUACAUGAGCAAAGUAGAGGCGCUAAAAGAACAAAUGACUGAAGUUGAGCAAAUCUACAACGAUCUACCCCAAGAGUCAGAACCUAUGGAGCAAGACCCAGCGGAAAAAGAAGACGACGACGACGACGGUGUCAUCAUACAUCAAAUUAUUGAACCAGUUCCAGCGGAAAAGAAGAAAGCGAAACCAGCAGCCACAAAGGAGCCGGAAAAAUUCAAACAAACUCCCAUAGUGAAUGAAAUCGAUGAACCCGAAAACUAAUUAAAAAGAAACAGUUUCAUUU